UUGACUAGUUGCUCCCUAGUUUUGGUACAGAGCAAUCUUUCGAAACAACACAUGUUAUAUGGGCCUCUCCUCCACAGACAGAAAGCUUGCGUCCACGGCUGCUCUCUUUUUCCACACGGGCGCGCUGCGGAUUCCCCACCGGUGAGAUUUCGACGGACAGACUGGAGGUCAACGGGAGCGGUGGAGCUAACAUCACCGGAUGGAAAAAGUGUUGUGUUCCCGGUGGAAUCCCAAGAUUCCAUGAGUGCUCCAGCCCUAGAGCUCGACAAGGACGAAGAAGCAGCGAUGGUUGGAGAUGGGAAGAGAUACGAGGUGUGCUCUCAAGCUACAAGCGGCUGGACGAGGAGGGUGAGGCUCGGGAAAGCACCUGGUGAGAGGGACAGGAACCCCGACAGGAAAACAACGGUUGAGCUGUCUGUCCAUGCUUAUGCUGAAAAAUGUGAAGGGCAUGUCAUCAAUCCAACAACUGGCACGGAAUUUGACUUGUUGGAUGAGGCAUAUGAGUUCUAUAACCUAUAUUCAUGGGAAACUGGGUUUGGUAUACGGCUGGCGAAGAGCAGGCUCAAUGUGCAGAGAACAAGAUGUAUGCAAGAGAUUGUGUGUGCAUGCGCGAUACGUCUGUGUAAAAAAAAAGCAUGUUUCUUCCUGGUUUUUUGCACGGUACGUCUGUGUAAAUUCAGAUCAACCGCUCGUGUCUUGCAAUGUGUUGCUGUUUACCAAACAGAAAUCUUGGUUUUUUGCACGAGCUGCUGAAAGUUUCUUCCUGGUAAAUUGUGAAAUGUAUCAAUAAUUUUGGACUGAAAUCUGCCAGCAUAUAGAUACGCAUCUGAUAAGUUCCCUGUCAGUGAUCCAUUUGACACACUAUGACGUAUGUUUGUAAAUACUGUAAUGUAUUUGUACCGUUUGUGAACCAUAUCAAAUUGCUAA